AUGAAUAUUAGCCUCGACGUUGGCUGCUCCAGCCUGGAGGCCUAUGCUGCUGAGUGUGCAAAAAUAGGAUUCUGUGUUGACUGGAGGAAUGCUACCAACGGGACGUGUGAGCACAAGUGUCCAGACAACAAGGUGUACAAAGCCUGUGGCCCCAGUGUAGAGCCAACAUGCAAUGACAGAUACAACGAUAAGUUCAACGCAGGAAGUACAGCAUCUAAUGACACCCAGGAGGGUUGCUUCUGUCCCGAAGGCACCACCUUAUUCAACCAAGUCUAUGAAAAAUGUGUCCCCUCUUGCGAUUGUGUUGGACCUGAUGGAAGACCAAAAAUGCCUGGUGAAACAUGGACCAGUGGCUGCGACAUCUGUGAAUGUAACAAGGACUCCAUGAGCGUCCAGUGUGAACCAGCUCCAUGUGCAACACAGCAGAUUCCUGACUGCAGCGAGCCUGGCCAGAAGCUAGUCACCAAGACAGACGGCUGCUGCUCAACACAUUCAUGUGUGCCUAAAGGUGUAUGCGUCUAUGAAGGAACUGAGUACAUGUACCAACAACAACCCCUGGACAACCCUCAUCAACAACCAGAGCAGGUGGACAACCCUCAUCAACAACAGGAGCAGGUGGACAACCCUCAUCAACAACAGGAGCAGGUGGACAACACUCAUCAACAACAGGAGCAGCUGGACAACCCUCAUCAACAACAGGAGCAGGUGGACAACCCUCAUCAACAACAGGAGCAGCUGGACAACCCUCAUCAACAACAGGAGCAGCUGGACAACCCUCAUCAACCACAGGAGCAGGUGGACAACCCUCAUCAACAACAGGAGCAGGUGGAAAACCCUCAGCAACAACCGGAGCAGGUGGACAACCCUCAUCAACAAAAGGGACCGCUGGAAAACCCUCAUCAACCACAGGAGCAGGUGGACAACCCUCAUCAACAACAGGAGCAGGUGGACAACCCUCAUCAACAACAGGAGCAGCUGGACAACCCUCAUCAACAACAGGAGCAGCUGGACAACCCUCAUCAACAACAGGAGCAGCUGGACAACCCUCAUCAACAACAGGAGCAGCUGGACAACCCUCAUCAACAACAGGAGCAGCUGGACAACCCUCAUCAACCACAGGAGCAGGUGGACAACCCUCAUCUACAACAGGAGCAGGUGGACAACCCUCAUCAACAACAGGAGCAGGUGGAAAACCCUCAGCAACAACCGGAGCAGGUGGACAACCCUCAUCAACAACAGGAGCAGCUGGACAACCCUCAUCAACAACAGGAGCAGCUGGACAACCCUCAUCAACCACAGGAGCAGGUGGACAACCCUCAUCUACAACAGGAGCAGGUGGACAACCCUCAUCAACAACAGGAGCAGGUGGAAAACCCUCAGCAACAACCGGAGCAGGUGGACAACCCUCAUCAACAACAGGAGCAGCUGGACAACCCCCAUCAACAACAGGAGCAGCUGGACAACCCUCAUCAACAACAGGAGCAGGUGGACAACCCUCAUCAACAACAGGAGCAGGUGGACAACCCUCAUCAACAACAGGAGCAGGUUUACAACCCUCAUCAACAACAGGAGCAGGUGGACAACCCUCAACCACAACAGGAGAAGGUGGACAACCCUCAUCGACAACAGGAGCAGCUGGACAACCCUCAUCAACAACAGGAGCAGGAGGACAACCCUCAUCAACAACAGGAGCAGGUGGACAACCCUCAUCGACAACAGGAGCAGCUGGACAACUUUCAUCAACAAGAGGAGCAGGUGGACAACCUUCAUCAACAACAGGAGCAGCUGGACAACUCUCAUCAACAACAGGAGCAGCUGGACAACCCUCAUCGACAACAGGAGCAGCUGGACAACACUCAUCCACAACAGGAGCAGCUGGACAACCCUCAUCCACAACAGGAGCAGCUGGACAACCCUCAUCAACAACAGGAGCAGCUGGACAACCCUCAUCCACAACAGGAGCAGCUGGACAACCCUCAUCCACAACAGGAGCAGCUGGACAACCCUCAUCCACAACAGGAGCAGCUGGACAACCCUCAUCAACAACAGGAGCAGGUGGACAACCCUCAUCAACAACAGGAGCAGGUGGACAACACUCGUCGACAACAGGAGCAGCUGGACAACCCUCAUCAACAACCAGAGCAGGUGGACAACCCUCAUCAACAACCGGAGCAGCUGGACAACCCUCAUCCACAACAGGAGCAGCUGGACAACCCUCAUCCACAACAGGAGCAGCUGGACAACCCUCAUCCACAACAGGAGCAGGUGGACAACACUCGUCGACAACAGGAGCAGGUGGACAACCCACAUCAACAACCGGAGCAGGUGGACAACCCUCAUCAACCACAGGAGGAGGGGGACAACGCUCAUCCACAACAGGAGCAGCUGGACAACCCUCAUCAACCAGAGGAACAGGUGGACAACCCUCAUCAACAACAGGAGCAGGUGGACAACCCUCAUCAACAACAGGAGCAGGUGGACAACUCUCAUCAACAACAGGAACAGGUGGACAACCCUCAUCAACCGAAGGAGCAGGUGGACAACCCUCAUCAACAACAGGAGGAGGUGGACAACGCUCAUCCACAACAGGAGGAGGUGGACAACGCUCAUCCACAACAGGAGCAGCUGGACAACCCUCAUCGACAACAGGAGCAGCUGGACAACUCUCAUCAACAACAGGAGCAGCUGGACAACCCUCAUCAACCACAGGAACAGGUGGACAACCCUCAUCAACAACAGGAGCAGCUGGACAACACUCAUCAACAACAGGAGCAGCUGGACAACCCUCAUCGACAACAGGAGCAGCUGGACAACCCUCAUCAACCACAGGAACAGGUGGACAACCCUCAUCAACAACAGGAGCAGGUGGACAACCCUCAUCAACAACAGGAGCAGCUGGACAACUCUCAUCAACAACAGGAGAAGGUGGACAACCCUCAUCAACAACAGGAGCAAGUGGACAACCCUCAUCAACAACAGGAGAAGGUGGACAACCCUCAUCAACAACAGGAGCAAGUGGACAACCCUCAUCAACAACAGGAGCAAGUGGACAACCCUCAUCAACAACAGGGGGAAUGGGACAGCCUUCUAUUCCUGGGCCCUGCCAGGAGUGUUACUGUGGCCCGCAAAUGGAUCCUGACACCAAAAUUAACUACAUUCACUGCACACCUAUUGUUUGCAACACAACCUGUGCUGAAGGUUUUGAAUACAAGGAUCAACCUGAUAAGUGUUGUGGCAAGUGUGUCCAGAAGAGCUGCUUCCUCAUCGCACCUGACAACAAAACACAUAUCAUUGAGGUCAACGAAACAUUUGUCCUUCCUGGUAACAAGUGUGUGCAGUAUACCUGCGCCAACAUCAACGGUCAGCUUAUUACUCAGGAGACCAAGACUGUCUGUCCUGCCUAUAAUCCAUUGGACUGUGAACCUGGUACAGAGACAACUGACUCUACUGGAUGCUGCAGAACCUGCACGCUUCGCAGUGUGUGUGAGAUCCUGAGUAAGCAGGAGGUCAUCAAGGUGAAUGACUGUGUGAGCAAGAACCCGGUCAACAUGACGUACUGUGCUGGUCACUGUGGAAGCACGUCUAUGUAUUCUGCUGCUGCUAACACGAUGAUGCACCAGUGUGAGUGUUGCCAAGAAGACACCACCAGCGAGGGUACUAUGGAGCUUGACUGUGUAGAUGGCUCCACGAUGUUUCACAA